CUUCACAGCUAUCAUUUCCCAGUACCAAGGUAUUUUAUGUUGACAGAUAUGAUUUAAGUAUGUUACUCUCUUCAGCCUGGAUGGCUCCUCCAGCUUCUUCUUUGAUGAAUUUCUGGCACAGGAAUGCUUCUCUUCUUUUGGUACAUCUUCCAUAUGCUCUCCCCAUCCAAGCUCCACUGUGGUUUCGUGCUAAAAUAACCCUAAAUGUGAUGUUUACUUCCCACCAGCACCCCUGCUGCUACCCACUGGUUUGUAUUUAGUGGUCAGGGGAUGUGUGAAGGGGACAAUCAGUGGCCAGCAACCUGAAAAGAAACCAAGGACCUUCAAGAUCCCUCCACCUUAAAUGUAAUUUUAGUGGGUUCUUAUGUCAUGUACACAGGUUAUGCAACCACUUCAUUAUGUGUACCAAAAUAUUCUCUUCCUCUUCUGUGUUGGAACAAACUUAAUGCAAAUGUUACGCAAACGCCCAUAUUUGUUUUCUAAAUGUCUCAAAGUAAAACAUGUGGCUGGUAUUGAAAAUACUUGAUAUAAAUAUCAUCUUGAGUAGACCCACAGCCUGAGGGUCUUAAGAAGGCAAGGCAAGGCAAGGCAAGGCAAGUUUAUUUAUAUAGCACUUUCAACACAAGGCAAAUCAAAGUGCUUUAAGAAGAAAUUAUAGCUUAUGUUAAACGUUAAAAAAAGAAGUACGAAUCUUUUUUGAGGGAUUCUGUUUACGUGUGGCUGAAACCUGACACUAUAUAGGCUGAGGGCUUGGUGAGCAGAGAGGGUGAGGAGAAGCUGUGCAGCCGUGCCUACCUUCAUCACUGAGGUGUUCAUCUCUCUGCUGCUCACUACCAGCCGGAGUCACUUCAAGAAGGUAAGACAUGAUCUGAUGGCAUUCACGGUUUCAUUUAUCCAGGUUUAAACUUUUUGCACAUUCAUGUCUAAGAUAUUAGCAAAUAAAUCUCUAGAGACAUCAAGAAAUGUAGCUUUCAUCCCAUAUGGAAUUAUCCUUUAUAUUGAGUAUUACAAUUUAAGGUGUUUUCAGUGGUGGCAUGUAACAAAGGUCAUUACGUUUUGUAUAUGAGUAUUUUCCUUCCAUGCCACUUUAAAUUUCUGCUCUUCCACAUAUUGGAAGAGUGGGGAAAUAUUGUAUUUUCUACCCUACAGUGAAUUAAUCUGACAACUUUAGAAGUGGGUAUUUUUACACACAAAACAUAUAAUGCUUUAAAACAGGAUGUUUUGUUGUAAAUUGAAAUGCCCAACAUUUUCUUUAAUACAGCUUGAAUGUUAACUCAAUUAAUAAUGAUUUGUAAAAAAUUGAUUGGAAACUGUUUUCUUUAAUCUAUUGACAUUCUUUAUGUGAACAUGAAAUGGUUCCAGCUGCGUUCUUAAAAAAAGAAGUCAUUUUCACAUUUGUAUUCAACAAUCAAGCCUUUCAUCAUUGUUUGCUGUUUGACACAACAAGCAUUGUGACGAUGAAUGCAUGUGCAAUAAUAAAACAAUUAUAUAUUAACAUAAUAGUAGUUAAUUUUCCUGAUUAUACUGAUGAUAGAACUGUAACUUCGUACACUUUGGUAUGAGAAAAAUAUCUGAAUACUACUCCACCAUUGUUUUUCUUCUCAUUGCUAUUCUCACCAACAGUUCUGUAGAAGCUUCUAGUGAAAAUGAAUAUUGUACAAGUCCUGGGUCUCCUACAGCUGCUGGCUGUACCUGCUUUCACUCUGAUACCGCCAAGCCAUGACUACUGGGGAGAGUUUACAGCCUACGGGCCCUGCAGCCGCACCUGUGGCACAGGCGUGGCAAUGAGAACCAGGAAAUGUGUCACCUCCAGGACUGAUGGAGGGCAUAACUGCCUAGGAUCCUCUAAGUCCUUCCAAACCUGCAACACACAGGCAUGUGCAGAUGGAACCAGGGACUACAGGCAGAAGCAGUGCUCCCAGUUUGACAGAACGGACUUUCAGAGCAAACACCAUACAUGGGUGCCUUUUUAUGGAUCCGCCAAUCCAUGUGAGCUGAGCUGUGUCCCAAGAGGGCAGAACUUCUUCUACAGACACAGACCAUCAGUGGUUGAUGGGACACCGUGCUAUGUGGGCCGCACUGAUAUCUGUGUGGAUGGAGUCUGCAGGGUUCUGGUCCAUGGAGAGUUUAUGGGCUUGGAUGAAGACACUAAUUCUGUUAACUCUGCUAACAUCGUUGCUACUCGCCCAAGGGAGACACUUACAUACCACUACAAAACUGGUGUCUAUGGCCAGUGCUCUGCCUCUUGCAAUGGAGGCAUGCAGUACCGCAGUGUGAAAUGCUGGGUUCAGGACACAGCAAACCCCCGUGUGGUGGAGGAGUCUCACUGCAUCAACCAGCGCCUGCAGAGGCCACAGAGCCAGCAGGCCUGCAACAUGCAUCCCUGUGCCGAGUACAGCGUCUCCAGCUUCAGCGUGUGCUCGGUGACUUGUGGGGAAGGCCAGCAGACGAGGGAGGUGUUCUGCGUGGGGCCUGGGGGUGAACGCCUGGCUGACCACGCCUGCAACGGACUGGCAAGACCCUCUUCUGUCCAGGCCUGUCGUAGACCCGCCUGUUACACACACAUCACCUGGCAUGUGACCGACUACGGCCUGUGCACCAUGAGCUGUGGUGGUGGUGUGAGGGAGAGGAGAGUGGGCUGUUUUGAUACAGAUUUGAACCCCUACCCAGAGGCCCGGUGUGGAACAGCUAGCAGACCCGUCUCUGUGGAAACAUGUAACUCACAGCCAUGCCACGCAGCACAAAUGGUCCCAAGUGUGCAGGACCCAAGGGCACAUGAAACCACCACAAGAGGAUUUGUGCCCCAUGUUCCAGAAGACCCUUCAGCUUCCAGGCCACAAACAAACAGUGUCUACCCUCCUGUGACUGGUCCUCAAUGCGCACAGUCACACUAUGGCUGCUGUCCUGACGGCCAUACCUCCGCCGCCGGGCCCAGGAAUGAGGGCUGCUCCCUAAAUGACUGUAUUCACACCAGAUUUGGCUGUUGUUUGGAUGGAGUGACUCCAGCUCAAGGAUUUGCAAGGGCUGGAUGUCCUGAAUACCGGACAGCUGUGCAACACACACCACCUCCUACUGCCCCUCCAGCCAGUGGCAAUGUGUGCUCCAUGCCUCGCGAUGAAGGCUCCUGCGACAGAUGGGCGGUGCGCUUCUUCUUUGACUCUGGCACUGGCAGAUGUACUGAGUUCUGGUAUGGAAGCUGCCAGGGCAAUGCCAAUAACUUUAUGUCCCUGGGAGCAUGCCAGAGAGAGUGUGGUGGUGUAGUGAUGAGGGAUCCCCCAACUCCACCUCGCAGAGGGACCCCAAGGAGAGGAUCCCCCAGCGGGGCAUAACCAUCCACACAAUUAAUACCUCAUAAUCAGUACUGUCAACACAGCGUUUAUUUUAACAUCAGACUUUGGAUUAUAAAUUAUUUAGAUCACAUUAUAACUGACACAAUCCCAGCUCAGGGUUCUGAUUUUGUUUGCAGUUUGAUCUUUGGUAUUUUGUUUGUGAUGUUCAAAAUAUUCACUUUCACACAUUUUGCCUUUUAGAUCAUAUACAAUUCAAUGAUGUCAAUGUGAUAACCCAAGAUAAAUCAUUAACCAAAUCAAUAAAUGUUCAAAUAUCCGGUAAUAAAACCCGAGUGUGGUCUAUUUUUGCAAUGUU